AUUAGGGCACGUAAAAUCAUCACUCAUUACCUUUCUCUCUGAAACACCCUUAAAAUUCAAUCACUCUGAAACUUAAUGGCGACGGCAGCAGCGGCAUCCAAUGCGACGGCGACUCAGACUGACGACCAUCCUACGAAGACUGUAGACUUGACAACAACUACAACAACAAACGUCGUUUCGACCGAGAAACCACCGGUUCUAUCCACCGACGUCAAAGACGGCGACACAAAUCUGAAAAGUGAAGAUCCGGCAGCGACUAAUAACAGUAAUAAAGUAGACGGUGACUCUAUUAUUCAGAGGAAGAUUCGCCGUGCUGAGCGGUUCGGUAUGCCUGUUCAGCUUUCUGAAGAAGAAAAACGCAAUUCUCGUGCUGAAAGGUUUGGUACCACACCUGGCUCACUAGGAUCAGAUGCCACAAAGAAAGCUGAGGAGUUGAAAAGGAAGGCUAGAGCAGAGAGAUUUGGUAUCACGAAAUCAACGCCAGCAGAGGAAGCUGAGAAAAAGAAGGCAAGACUUUCCAGGUUCGGAUCGGCUUCAAGUGCUAGUGCUAAUCCUGCUGAAGAGGAGAAAAAGAAAGCAAGGGCACUCAGAUUUUCAGGAACACCUAAUGUGAAUGGAAAACUUGAACCGAAGGCAACGAUUGCUGGAAAAGCAGGUGGCCAGGCUUGAGGGCCUGCACCUUGUUUUUUGCUUUUUCGUUGAAGCUAUUGAUCUUUUGAUACUCAAACAACUCGUAAAGAUACCCAUAAUAUUCGUCCUCCUGACUAGAAGUUUUGUUGACUUUGUAGUUUGUGCUUCCUCUCAUAUUAGGUGCAGUAAGUAAUGGUAAAGCUGGUGUGCCCUGACUUAAUUAAUAGCAAUCUCUCUAAUGUGACCCAAAAUAUAAGUUAUUAUUCUAGUUAUGAAAUAGUCAAAAUGGUGCUAGAUGAUAGCAGAUUAGCAGAAUAUGACUAAGCCAGAACCUGCAGUAUUUAGGUUGCAUUUCAUUUCUAGUUUGCAUCAUCAUCCAUGCUAUGCUCACACCCGUUUAGUUUUUCUACUUUAUUUUAGUUAUAAAUUUCGGUACAGUCGAGUCAAAAAAGCUUUAUCCUAAUAUAUAAAAAAGCUAUCGUAAUUGUCCGUCUAGCAUCAUUAUGUCCAUGAUUUAUUUGGUGAAAUGGUUACAUAUCUUGAGAUAAUGUGAUUUUAUAUAUUGAGGUAUCGUUUGCUGUUCUAUGUAUUGGCGCGUCUUCAGGUAAUGAUAAUUUUAUAACUGGGCUGCAUCUUAUUUACACCAAAAAUCAUGGUCAUUUGAUGUUAGAAUGGAAUUUUUCUAUGAUUCAAGAAUCACUUAUAUUGAGGUCAACUUUGUUUUAUUUGAUAUUCUACUAUAAAGUUAGAACAAACUGAUCUUAGAGAAGUUAUCUGAAAAUUUGCUAGGUUGUGUUGAAUCCUUUUAUUUGUAGUUUAGCAGUUAUAGGUGACAUGCUGGCAGGAGAUUGUUGUUAGUUUUGUUGGGGCUACUAGCAUUAUUCUGAGAGGACCUUAUGUUUUUGUUUUUUUGUUAUGUAAUGGAAAAGCUGAAUAGUAGAUAGGAAGGUGGGUGUAAAACUUAUGAAUUAUCAUGGAAUGAACAAGGUUGUUUAAGACUUAUUAUUA